UCGAACCCAACCUACAAAUGGUCAUGCCUAUGGGCCAAGAUGAUGGAUAACGAAAAGUGGCCCACAUUUUCUUUUAUGUGAUCUGUUAUGAAAACUACAGACAAUUUGGAGAAAGAUCAUAUUGCUCUUAGAGCUUUACUCAGUGGGAUUUGAAGUGCAUAUAGCAAACUAUGGGAGAUAAAAAAGACAAACUUUUAAUAGCUGCCAUAGACUUUGGUACCACAUUCUCUGGGUAUGCAUUUUCAUUUAAACAUGACUACAAGACAGACCCUCUAAAAAUCUCCACCAAUCAGAAUUGGGUGGCUGGCUCCAGGGGUCUUGUUUCGCUGAAGGCUCCAACAUGUGUGUUGCUGAGUCCGCAAAAGGAAUUUAUAGCAUUUGGAUAUGAAGCAGAGGACUUGUAUUCAGAGCUAGCUCUUGAUGAAAACCAUUAUGAUCAUUAUUUCUUUAAAAGAUUCAAAAUGGUGCUUCAUGAAUCAAGGAAAUUAUCAAGAACCAUAUUGAUAAAAGAUGACAAGGGUAAAGAAGCCCCUGCACUAGACCUGUUUGCCCAAGUCAUUAGAUACCUGAAGAAUCACCUGUUGAGUGCCCUAGAUACCAAGGGAACUACGGUCAACAACAAGGACAUUCACUGGGUCCUGACAGUGCCAGCUAUAUGGACCGAUUCAGCCAAGCAAUUCAUGAGAGAGGCUGCCAAUAAGGCGGGUAUACUGACAGAGCAGUUAACCAUCUGUCUGGAGCCCGAGGCAGCAUCCCUUUACUGCCAGCACCUACCCACCACCAAACUAAUGGGGAACCCCGGCACCCAGUCAUUCCUUUCCAAUAGCUCGGGGACCAAGUACAUGAUAAUUGAUCUUGGAGGUGGGACAGCUGAUAUUACCAUUCAUCAGAAACAGUGCGAUGGGACGCUCAAAGAAUUACACAGACCCACAGGGGGGCCAUGGGGAGGCACCAAAGUCGAUGAAGCAUUUCAUCAAAUGAUAAUCAAGAUUGUCGGGGCAAGCUGCUUCCAAAAAUUUAAAGACGACUUUAAGGCCGAUGACCUGGACAUCCACAGGGAACUGGAAACUAAAAAGAGGACAAUAAAACCAGAGUCUAAUUCCAAAAUCACAAUUAAACUCCCGGUCUCCCUCGUCACGACAUUCGAGGAAGAAACAGGCGAAAAAAUAAAGGAGGUGAUCCAACAGAUGCAGUAUGCCAACAAAAUGACCUGGCAGACGGACAAACUUAGAAUGGAGGCUGACCUGUUUAAAGAAUUGUUUAAAGAACCAGUUAACAUGCUUGUAGAACACCUCCAAGAGCUGAUGAAGAGAGAUAAUCUCACUGAUAUAUCAACUCUCCUGAUGGUAGGUGGAUUUUCUGAGUCGCCUAUGAUGUUGGAUGCUGUUAUGAAAUCCUUUCCAGAUAAGAAGGUUAUAGUCCCAGAAGAUGCUGGUUUGGCAGUGUUGAAGGGCGCUGUAUUGUUUGGCCACAAACCUCAGUCCAUAACGAUCCGUAAAGCGAGGUACACUUAUGGAAUCAAUAUUUCGCCGCCUUUUGUAAGAGGGGAUCAUUCCCCGGCAAGGAAAGUGACCAUAGAUGGUGUAGACCGUGUCAAGGACGUUUUUAAAAAGUACAUUCAGUGUGAUCAAGAUAUCCGUGUGGGGGAGGCUGUGAGUGGGCGCCAUGUUACUAUAAAAAGCAACCAAUCAGAAAUGUUGCUGAAGAUAUUUGCUUCCGAAGACCCAAGUCCAAAAUAUGUGACUGAUAACUCUUGUGAAUAUCUUGGGAAAGUGGUUGUAAAAUUGCCUGAGGCUAAAGAGAGACUUAAGGUGGAUGUCAAAAUGAUUUUUGGUGAGACUGAGUUGAUGGUUGAAGCCAAGGAAUCCACCACUGGGAAGGUGUACUCUUCCUAUUUUGAUUUCUUGUAAUGAGAAGCAAAGCUAAAAACCAAAUCAAUAUAGCAUUAGUAAAGUGCUCUAAAAUUGUUCCUUAUAUGUUCUCAGCUAUGUAUCUUGUAAUAAAUAUUUUAUCUUUUGAAAUUAA